AUGUCAAAAUCAUUUUUAUUCUAUGGUGCUUUGAUUUACACAUUCUUCUUUGCAGGACCGUGUUUAGUUCAAUUGAUAGGUGGAUCAAUUUAUAAAGGACAAUGUCCGUAUUGGCCAAGUUUACCUUUGCUAAGUCAAACUCAAGGUUCAUUGGGAAUUAUUUUGUUUUUUAUUGUCAUAUUCGCACAAUUAAGUUUUCGGUAUGAAGCAAUGGGUCUUUGUGUAGGUUUUACCAUUUUGGGUAUUUUAAUUCAUAUAACACAAAUAAUUAUCUGUAUCUAUGCAACAAUUGCUUCGUUUGUCGAGUCUGGGAAAGGUGUUAUGCAAUAUGAUGAUGCAACUUUAUCGACGUAUUGUCAUCCGAAAUUGAUCGAUGUUUGUAAAGCAACAUCACUUGUUGAAAAUAUUCUUCCUCCUCUUCUCGGCUGUAUUUUUGGAUUUAUUCAAGGAUGUAGAUGA